AUGGGGAGGCCGUUUUCAGAACCGGGGCUGUUUGCAAUUUUGUUGCUUUUAUUGUUACCAGAUGGAAGUUUAACUACAGAAAAUCGCGGACAAAUAUACCCGGACCAGAUGCGUGGCGACCCACAGGUCAGACUUGAAUCACUCGCUGAAGACAUCGACAGUUUGAAUGGAGAUGAUUUCUCUUACAAAAUGGAAAAUUCGUCGAAGCCAAACAAGACAGACGAUACAGACACACGUGUGCUUCGUCUCGCUGUGUUUUCCGACGUCGCCCUCCUGAACCACCUCUCCGACCUUCAUCCAGAAGACCCACUCGCUGCCACCCACAGUUACAUCACCACCAGCGUCUCAGCGAGCGAGGAGCUCAUCCAACAGGCCGUGGGUGAGGGCGUGGACUUCAGGAUAAAGCUGGUGCAGGUGGGCGUGUGGGCUGAGAAAGGGGCGACGCCCUUCAACACCAACGGCCUUUCAUCCAGUAACUUGCUGAACUUCUGCGAGUGGGCGAGUGAGAGGAAACCUGGACGCGGCGAUCCCGGCUACUGGCAUCACGCCUUGAUGUUGACAGGGAAGGAGCUGUUCGAGACGACGAAGGAUUCUUUGGGCGUGACCUUCGUGGGCGGCCUGUGCCACCCUCGGACGUCCUGCUCCAUGAUCGAGGCCAACUCCUUCAAGGCCGUGCAAGUGGCCGCCCACGAACUGGCGCACUCCAUGGGCGUCCCGCACGACGGCGAGGGGGCGGCCGCCCGCUGCCCUGGCGAGGGCUUCAUCAUGGGCCAGUCGCUCUCCGAAGAGACCUUCGCCUGGUCCAACUGCUCGCGGGACGCCAUCAGCGCCUUCCUCAGGAAUGAAACGUGCUUGGAGAGAGGCACCGCGUCGAGCAGAGCAACACCUGUGGAGUUGGAUCACACCAAGGGAGGGCCACCUGGUCAGAGGUACCCCGCUGAUGCCCAGUGUCAGCUAGCACACGGAAAGGGGUUUAGGGCGACGCCGUCCAAAUGGAAUCUCUGUAAGUACCUUAUGUGCACCAACGGCGUAACGACCCGCGGGGCCCAUCCGGCCCUCCCUGGAACCAGCUGCGGAACGAACCGAAUCUGCGUAGCUGGUGACUGCAAGGAAGGCAAGAUCCCCCCGACUAGGCCACCUACAGAGCCGCCCACGAAACCGCCCACAAAGCCUCCAGGCAAUGGGGGCGGCGACUCCGUCUUCCCUCCGGCCAAAAUCCCGAAUGAGAUCCAGUACAUACCGAUUCCCCACCGCUGUUAUUUCAUGCCUCCGUUCCUCCAUCCAUACAUCGGGUGCAAGGCCCCCCCGACCGGUUCCUCAAAUCGUCCUCAACGUCCCAAUCGUCCUAAUCGCCAGGAUCGUCCACAAAGACCUGCUAAAGCACCCCAACCAUUUAGGAUUGGAAUUUCAACCCUACUCGAAAUAAUUAAUAGAACCUACAGUGAGGACAACUACACAAGGAUUUAUGUUAAUGAUGAGUCUGUAGAAACCACCGACGCAGAGACAACGAAAACCCUCGCCUCAGAGAGUGAGUCAUCGGAAGCCACUACUGCCAGCGCUGAGUUUACAGAGGUCAUCACUUUCGAUCCAGAGUCGCCGAAAACCACAGUUAGUAGUGAUAAGUCGCGGCAAAUAUCUGAUAACGAAACACCUGUUCCAAAAAAUAUCUCAAAAGAAACAACCUCUGUUAUAUGGAAGUCGGUCGAAAACACUGAAUCAUCACAGAUCCCCACGACUGAAUCAAAAUUGCCAGAUGACGAGUUCGUGUUAUUCGACGCCGUAAAUGAAGCUGUAGAGUCUCUCGCAAGUGAAAUCCGUUCUCUCACAGAAGAAGAAACUCAAAUGCAGGACGAUAAGGAGAAUGGAGAAAAAUCAUCCGAAGACAAGGACCUUGGCGUUGCGGACCAGAACGCCACAGACACGGGAACAAAAAGUGGUAUUCUAAGCAUAAAUCAGAACCCAGAGACAAACGAUCCAUUAGAAGAAGUCACAGUGAUGCCUUACACGACGGAAACGAUAACAACACAAACCACAGCAGAUUAUUCCAUCAAUGACCAAAUGAUAACUUCAAAAUUACCUAACGAAGCCAAAAACAUAACACAAGGACAAACAAAUCAUUCAAGAUCAGAGCAAUCGGUCACCAUACGACUCCCUGCAGACGAUGCGCACCAAGUAGAAAACUUCACAAGCAGUGAAGCUGAAAAACAAACAAUAGGAAUCCCCAUGUCUGCAAUCGACGAAAAGCAGCUCACUAAUAAUUACAAAGACGAGGAGGAAAGCAGUGCGACGUUUUCUGUGGAUAAUUUUACUAUUGCGGGAUCAGGUCUUCACCUCUCCCUGCCCUCCCACCUUCUUCAGGGCUUGCUUACUCCCGUUCUCAUGAACUCUUUCGGGAACGGCGUGCCUAUGACGAAGGAGGGAGAGGAUCUCCUUGUGAACAGACGCCAGGCGGAAGAAAAUUUCGAUCGCCAUCACGCUGCGCAUACAAGAAUAUCUUACCUUCGGGAUGGAUAUCGACAAGAGCCCUUGUUGGCCGCAACUGCACCCAUGCACACGCGCGCCUUCCGCAUUAGUCCUUGCACUCGGGCCUGCGGUGGCGGCACCCGGAGAGUCACUCAGGUGUGCGUUGAGACGAGCGCUCCAGAGGUUGUGGUUUCUCAGGCCCUUUGCAACGGGCUGCCCUACGACGUCGUCCCCUUCAACCAGUCCUGUAAUACAUUUCCCUGCGCCGUACCUGAGUGGGUGGUUGGGCCGUGGAGUCCGUGUUCACAUUGGUGCGGUCUCGGCCUCCAGCGCCGGCUUGUGGCGUGCGGAAUGCCUUUGGUGGAAGGAGCGACGCCCCUCUCUGCAGCUCGCUUCCUGGUCGCUGGGAAAUGUUCUAGAGAACAGCCGGUGGACGUGAAGUUGUGUAAGGGAUCUUGUAUACAAGUUGACUGCAAGCUGCCAAGCAACCGUCUACACCCGGCUUGCUUUCACUUGCUCGGAGAAACUCCCAUUGAAAGAGACCACAAGCAGGUGUCGUGAUCUGCCUAAGAAUUUGCAUCUCGGUGAAUUUGGAUGUGCAUUGAUUUACUAUUUUCGCAUAAGUGAAGGAAAAAGGAAAGGGAAAUGAAAUCCAAAGACGUGUAAAUCUAAGCUGGAAUAUUUAUUUGUGUUGUAAGGAUAGCCAGUAAUGCAACUGUAAUCGAUUUUGUAGCCUAGGUUAAG